AUGAUAAAUAAUAAGAUUGUGAGCAAUAUUGCAGGUUUGUUUGGUUUAAUAGUUUAUGCUGUACACAUCAAUGGUUAUGCUACAAAAGACAACCAGUUAAUGAUGUGGCUUAGUAGACGAUCAAACUCUAGACCUACAUAUCUUAAUAUGUUAGAUAACAUGUGUGCAGGUGGGCUGACGUCAGGACAGAGUGUCAGACAAUGUGCUAUUAAAGAAUGUGCAGAAGAGGCAUCAGUACCAAAAAAACUGACAGACAAACUAAAAGCAGUAGGAUGUGUGAGCCAUAUAUUUGAAGAUAAACGAGGAGUUUUCCCGGUGUGUGAGUAUGUAUUUGACCUACAUCUACCAUCAAAUUUUCGGCCUGUAAAUGCUGAUGGUGAAAUUGGCAGUUUCGAAAUGAUUGCUAUUGAAAAGAUAAUGGAUAACAUUUUUUUAGAGGACUUCAGGCCUAGUUCAGCAAUGAUUGCAUUGGAUUUCUUAACACGACAUGGAUUUGUUUCACCAGAAAAUGAGAAGAAUUAUGCAUACUUAGUAGAAAUGAUGCAUAUACCGCUACAAAGUUACUUCUCUUAUACAACUCAAUUGUUGAGAAAAUAGGAAUUACAGCAAUAUUGAAGACAUGAAUAGUAGUCUAGAUAAAUAUGCUGUG